GUCAUAGUUAGGAGCUAUAAAAACCAAGCUCAACCGAGUAUUCUAUCGUCUUCCUUGCAAGGAUUCCGAGAAAAAUGGAUUCACUUUUAUUGAUAUUUUUUGGAAUUGUUUCGGCAAUUUUCAUCGACUGCACCACAGCGGGAGUGAUUCCUUCCGCAGUUGCCCUACCAUCUCCGAUUGGAAUUGAAUAUGCAAAAGCAGUGCCCUACAAUGCACCGCCUCACGUUUCUAGAAUUGACUUGAAUAGUAAAAUUCUUUCUGCGCCAUGGUUCACAGCCACUGCAGGUUCUCUCUUCAAUGCACCUCCAUUCGCAGUCACUGCACCUGUUUCUGCUUCGCAAAUUAUUGCUGCUCCUGUUCAUCCAGCACCAGUUACGGCAGCGUAUCCUGCACUUGCAACACCACCAAUUGUCUCUGGACCACUUCUCGAUUCACCAUCUUACCUUCCCACUUUUACAUACCCCACAACAUUCCCAGCCUACGAUCAUACCAUUUUUGGUUGAUAUUUUUUUUUUCGUUUUACUUUUAUAUUCUAUUUUUUUUAAGUUUAUUUACAUGUGAAUGCUGUGUAGCAAAUAUCUUGCCAAAGGAAGAUUUUGUAGAAAAAUAAAUUGUUUUUUUGUGCAAAAAGA